ACUGUUUGGCCCUCUGACGUCACAUCCAUUCCCACAAUGCCAUAGUAACACGACUGCGCACUCGCGCUCGUGGACGCGCACCAGCAGAGCCAGCCCAUCACACACAGAGAGCGAACAUGGCGGGCGCCUCCGACCCUCUGGAAGACAUGCUCUUCUCCGAGGUGGACGAGAAAGCCGUGAGCGAUCUGGUGGGCUCGCUGGAGUCUCAGCUGGUGGGCCAGAGCGAGCCGCCCGCCGCGCGCCCGAGCAGCGCGAAGCAGCAGCAGCAGCAGCAGACAGGAGGAACAGCGCAGCUGCCUGCUCCUGGAGACUCUCCAUCAGAACCACAACAACAAGCGCAGCAGCAGCAGAACGCGCGGAAAGCGCCGCGCAACCCGGAUUCUGACCCGAAAGACGCCAGCAUGGACAAGCACGCCAAAGCUCUGGAGAAGGAGAGCCCUCUGAAGUCGCAUGGCAGCAUCAUCAUCAUCACUACAGCAGCGGCAGCAGCAGCAUCCGAGGCUCCUGCACCGGGCAACAAAGGUGAGAGCCCGAGGGACACCCGCAAGAAGCACCCGGGGAAUACGCGCGCGCUGCGCUCCGCAGCAUCCCACAGUCUCAACGGCAACGGAAGCGACGCAGCAUCAGCAUCAGCAGCAUCACCCAGCACCUCCAGCACGACUGUCACCGUGUCCAGUAACCCGCAGGCGAUCGCGCUGGACCGCGGGACGCCCACCAUCGCGCUGCACCGACUCCCGCGUCACAUCAUCGCCAGCAUCGCGCAGAAUGGAAACGGCACGUCGGUGUCCGCGUUGGUCCAGCAGGGCGCGCGGAUCAACCACAGCAAAACACCCGCGGACAACAACGCGAAGCCAGCGGCCACCUCGGCCACAGCAGCGUCUGUCAAAGCCACUGUCAGCGCGGCUGCGGUCAUCAGACCCGCGCAGACGCAGACGCAGACGCAGACGCAGACUCCUGCGCAGCAGAGGGUCGUAACGCCGCAGCUGAUUGUCAGACCACCGCAACAGCAAACUACUAUACAGCUGCCGCCCGGAUUCACCAUCCCUCCAGGUAUGGUGCUGGUCCGGACGGAGAUGGGUCAGCUGGUGAUGGUUCCUCAGCAGGCUCUGGCUCAAGCUCAGGCCCAGAACAGCGUCUCACCGCGGCCCUCCACACCCACCAGUGUGGCCACGUUCAGGGUCACGACCCCACAGUCUCCUGUUAGUGCUCAGGCGAUUCGUCCCGCUCCUGCGGCUCAAACUAAACCGGUCCAGUCGAAUUCACCGAGCGCCGCGGCCCAGACCAGCACCGCAGCCGGCCCCGCUAAGGGCCCCGUGGCAGCCGCCGUGGCAGUGACAGCUCCCCAGCAGGUCCAGCCAGCUUUGGGCCCCCAGGGGCCCCUCACUCAGAUGCCACUGGCCCCGCAGAGCGCAGCCACCCCGGCCCCCGGAGCUCCGCUUGUCUCCCAGGAGAUGCAGGAGAACGUGAAGAAGUGCAAGAACUUCUUGGCGACUUUGAUCAAGUUGGCGUCCCAUAAUUCCCCUUCCCCGGAGACGUCUCGAAACGUGAAAUCGCUGGUGCAGGAUUUACUGGACGCGAAGAUCGAUCCGGAGGAGUUCACCAGCCGCUUACAGUCCGAGCUGAAGUCGUCUCCGCAGCCGUACCUCGUCCCUUUCCUGAAGAAAAGUCUCCCUGCGUUGCGUCUGUCUCUCCUGAGCAGCCAGCAGUCUCUCACAGUCCCUUUGCAGCCCAACAAAACCAGCGUGACGCCGGUCCAGACGGGUGUCUGUGUGCGUCCGCACCAGCCCAACAGCACCACCGUACUGCCACAAGGUAUAAAGAGGGCAGUGGGUCCUGGAGGUCAGAUACGGAUGCCUGUGGUCAUAACGCAGACGGUGCGAGCGACAGGUGCUUUAGGGAAGCCUGCGGUGAUCCAGACGGGCAAAAGCCCUGUGGGCGUCACCAUACAGCUCUCAGGAAACCAGAAAAACAAGCUGAAUGACCCGGGGGGAGGCUCCUUCAGAGACGAUGAUGACAUCAACGAUGUUGCGUCUAUGGCUGGUGUGAACCUCAACGAGGAGAGCGCGCGCAUUCUAGCGACCAACUCUGAUCUGGUGGGAACGCAGAUCCGCUCCUGUAAAGACGAGGCCUUCCUGCCUGCAGGUCUGUUACACCGGCGUAUACUGGAAACAGCGAAGAGGUUUGGAGUGACGGACGUACCGCUGGAGGCUGUGAACUUUAUCUCUCACGCCACACAGUCCAGAUUACGCACGGUGCUGGAGAAAGUUUCCUCCAUUGCCCAGCACCGAAUGGACUCGUGUAAGGAAGAAGAGUGGUUCGAGCAGUCGUCUGAUGUGCGCUCGCAGCUCAAGUUUUUCGAGCAGUUGGAACGGAUGGAAAAGCAGAGGAAAGAUGAGCGAGAACGAGAGAUUCUCCUCAGAGCGGCGAAGAGCUCAGCCCACAACUUAUCUGAGGACGUCUGAACAAAGUUUACAUUUUGUGUCCAUCACAGUUUGUCUGAUCCUGUGAAACGACCAGGAAGCCCCUGAUAACCCCAAACGACUGACUUUCCAAUUAAAGAGCCGAUUGCGUCCACUCUGCCCUGCACCCAUUGCCCUGAGCGGCUCAAUGAAACAGUUCGGCUCCUUUCCGUCAUUAAUUCAUUUAGCUCAGAGACGAUGACCCGCCAUAAAGACCCCCUCGCACGGCCGAGUCUCGCCUCCCUUCGGCCUAAUGGCGUUAUUAUGCCGUGGCGUGCGAGAUUAUAUCUCCCAAAACGAGACAGUUUAGCUCAUACGCCAGCGCGAAUGGCCACGCCGACCUCUGUGACUUUGGGACGUUAUGAGACGUUACGCAAGCUGAAGUAUCGCAGUUGUGAGGGAUUUCAACUCCGCUGAAGCCUAAAAUGUGAUCAGGGAAGCAUGCAUAUGUGUUUCCAGUUUGAAUGCAUCGUAAACGUGUUGUCUGUAGCUCUCUGAGCUCAAUAAAUCAUUGCAAGUGUACUCUGGAAACAAUGGAUGAGUGAAUAUUGACAGACAGAACAAAUAAAUCUUGUUUUAUUUGGGGUUGAGAUCAUUCUGUGGGAGCUUUGGUUUGUGUCCUUGUGUUCUCGCUCUGCGUCUUUAAGCUCAGCGUGAUUUGACCCCUUAAACAUGAACCUACUAAAAUAAAUCUCAUCGUCCAUUUCAAAUAUGACUGGAGUCUUCAGGGACGAGCGCGAGGGCCAGGGGCCAAACGCAUUACUCUCAGCCGAGAUAGCGACCAGUACGUGAACCGCCUGAUAUAUUUAAAACCAAUUAGCGGCGAGGAAGGGCAGAGUACUGCCGCCCCUCUCCUUGCUGAGAGAGGGAGAGUUAGGAGACGUUCUCAUGGGGCAAUUAAAAAAAGACCGGAGACCUAAACACGAAGCCCUCAGGAUCACACUCACACACCUCACACAUCUCUCUCUCUUUAAAAGAGACCAAAUGAGAGUAAAAUCACACAAGGCCACGAUUAAAUGCUUCAGCAGAGAGAUUUAGCCUCUCUGACCACACACACACAAACCUGAAGACACAAGCAGGAAUAGAGAGCUGCAGGGAUGACGUAUUUUAGCAUCACCCUGGACCGGAUUUUUCCAUUGGCUUUAGGUUAUUGCAGAAAAUAAGCUCUAAUACAAACAAACGUUUAUGAUUCUUACACAUUACGUUCUUUAAGAUAAUCACCGCCACUAAGCUUCUGACAGCUCUUUCAGAG